AUGACAGAUCGAAAAGCAAAACGAUCGCGUGUAGUGAUUAACGAUGGAACAUGGGAUUGCUCAUUAUGUACAUAUAAAAAUCCAUGCGUGGCAUUUCGAUGCGAAAUGUGUGAUUCGAGAAAGGGAACUGCAACUCGAAAGCCAAAACUCGUUGUGAAUGAUCAUAUCGAACAAUUGCCGCGAUCGAAACGUAAAACGAAUGAAGAUUACUCGUCUGAUGCUUCAACAACUGAAGAUAGCGAUGGACAAGAUGACGACGAUGAUGAUGAUGACGACGAAGAGUUUCAUCAUGAGCAACGAAAAAGUACUCAAUCGCAACCGAAUCACACACGACGCUCAUUUCCAACCGAUCAUUUCAAUGAGAGCAUAUCUUCUCCGGCAUCGUCCACUACAACAAAUCAAUCGUAUCGCUCAGCUUCUCCGUCUUCAUCUUCGAAAUUGAAUGAUCAUGCGAGAGCGUCAACGACUAAGAAACGUGCAACAUUCAAUUCUCUAUCGCGUUCCACUAAAUCAGCAUCGUCACUGAUUGUCAAUCGAAAAAGUACAAACAAUGAUAAUGAGCAAAAGAAGUCUUCGAAGCACACAUCGACGAAAUCGAAAGACACAAAACAACGACAAUCAAACGAUCAUAAUCAGAAGUCCAGAGCAACAACAGCAGGAGCAGCAGCAGCGAAUGAUCAAAACAAAUCGAAAAAUCAUGCGCAGCAGAAAAAAAAAAAGACCAAAUUAUCCUCUCUUUCAUCCAUGUCGUCCUCAUCAUCGACAUCGUCGAAUUCAUCUUCAACUCACACAACCACAACCAUCACUGUCGACGGCGUUUCGGUUCGAAUUACUGAAUUCACCAAUAACGAUCAUAAUUCGAUCGCGACCAACGACAAUCUCACAAACGGAAAUAAUCCUUCGAGAGCAUCGUCAUCCUCACCUACACAUCGAACUAAUAGUCAUUUAGAAAAAUAG